UUGGUCUUAUAUAUCAGCAUCUAUGAAUCACACUAUCAAGUUUCAGUAACAUUCAGCACCAAUUUAUUAUGGCAACAAAGCACAAAAACUGGUACAAUUUUGGUGAUCAAUCUCUCAUCCUACACAUCAAAAACCAGGUAAACUCCACAUAUCAACCACCUCUGCCAAGUCCACCUUCUUCUUUCCCUAUAUUAGCUAUUGUUCUACUAAGCCUCAUGGCCUCAGCUUUCUUAUUAGUUAGCUACUAUCUCAUUGUUGUCAAGUUUUGCUCAAACUGGCACCAAGUCAGUCUCCUGAUCAUGAGGUCUCUGACCACCUUGCGAGGUCGGCAAAAUGAGGAACUACUCACGGCCUUCUCUCCGUCAGUGUGGAACCGCGGGCUUGACAAAUCAGUCAUUCGUGGAUUCCCAAUUGUUCAGUUCAAAGGAGGAAUUGAUGAAGAGAGAAGUGUGUGUGGAUGUGCAGUUUGUUUGAAAGAGUUUCAAGAACAAGACACCCUAAAAGUUCUUCCCAACUGCAGCCAUGAGUUUCACUUGGACUGCAUUGAUGUAUGGCUUCAAAGCAAUACCAACUGCCCCCUUUGCAGAACAAGUGUUUCAGGUAAUAUUCGUUGUCCGAUCGAUCAUGUCAUAGCACCGAGCUCUUCGCCUCAGGACUCGGAGCUGUUUUCGAUUGGUAGUGAUGUGGACUUUGUAGUCAUUGAAUUGGAGGGAGGAGAUGGAGUUAUACUUCCUCCUAGGCAACCACAAAGGGAUGAUUCCACACAAGUCCUUGCUCAUAGCACAACAUAGAAGUUAUGAACCAAGAAAGACGGAGAAGGUAAAAACUAAGGUCUGUUUUUCCCUUCCUAUUGAGUAAGUUGUAAUGUGAAUUUCUUUUUGUAAUCUUUUUCCUUAAUGUUAG